AGGAUAUAUGUAUGUUUAGCAGGUAGAUCUGCACUCCUCGGCGGUCGCUAUAAGACUGAUGAUGUUUCAUUUCGCUUUGAUAACGGUGCCGCAGCCAGCUACCUUUGUUCGAAUUAGUGGAUAGUCAGCGAGAUCUUUCGAACGACGUAUAAAGUAGAACCCUAGUAGUUCUCAAGUUGAAAAGUGACAUGGACGGACGCUUUGCACUUUAUAUAUAUAAGAUAAGAUGUAUUGGGCUUGGGCUAAUUUUAACUGAAUCAAAAGGAGUCGAAAUUGCAUAUUUUCGGUCGUCAGUGUGAGAUGUGGUGAAGGUGAAAUUGGUAAAACAGGUACGAUUGAUAUACCAACUGUGCACUUGGGGUGUCUGGCACCCCCAAAAUCAUGUCCCCUGGAGAAUAAAUGCAUGUCCAAUCUUUUUUUAUCUGUAAUCAUUGGUUGAAGUGAAGGCAGUAUUAUUUUGAAAGCUAACAAAUCAUUUUAUUGUGUUGAAAAUUAUUGACUACUUCAAGCAGUUUAUGUAAGAGACUUUUGGAGAAAAACUUUUAAUCAAAGCAUGAAUCAAGAAAGCCAAAUUGAUACAGACGUGAAUCUUUAUUUUAUUAUACCAAGCAAAUAUGAAUCUGAGAAUGAUUGUACUGAAGAAAUGUGGCAUGCAUACAAUAAAUGUUGCGAGCAUGAUUUGGAACCAAGAUGGAUAACUGACAAGAAAUGUAGUAAAAUGGAACCUGCUAAAAAUGAUGUUUUUGUAAUGGAAGAAUUUGAAGGGGACGCAUUUGAUAAAUUAAAAACAUUCAAGUGUCCUAUAGUGGGACCAAGAUGUUUAUUAGUUUGUUUUAUUAAUGGAGAACCAAUUCCAGAAGGAAAUAAUCCAGUAUAUACAACUGCUAUGAGAGGUCUUUGCGUAUGUGCUUCUGGUUUACCUCCAGAAGAAAAAGAACACAUAACAAAAUUAGUAGAGUAUAUGGGAGGUAUUUUUACAAAACAAUUACGCAGUCGUGUUACACACCUUGUAACAGGAUCUGUUAUGUCUGCUAAAUAUGAGACUGCAAUAGAUAUGCAGAUACCAAUAGUUACAAAAGAAUGGGUUGAAGCAAUUUGGAAAACAAAUUUAAACGAUUUUAUUAAAGCAGAUGAUAGUAUUUUUAAUAAAUACAAAGCACCUGUUUUUCUCAAUCUAGUCGUCACUUCGACAAACCUUCCAAAACGUCAGAAAGAAGAAAUUAAACGUUUAAUUAAUGAUAAUGGAGGGACAUUUAUGGGUCCCUUAGAUGGUGCAAAAGUUAAAGUUGUAUUAGCUCCUACAAAUAGUCCAAUAAGCGAUAAACUUAAGUAUGCAAAACAAGCAAACAUUGCUUGUUUAACACCGGACUGGGUAUACGAGAGCCUAAAAGUGGGCUAUGCUUUACCUUUUAAAGAUUACUUGAUUACAUCAUUAAAAGUAUCUUCUACUCCUGAAAAAUCAAACGUGUACGAAAGUCUUAACUGUUCUGCUAUAAGUACCAUACCAUGUGAUUUACAACAAAUUAACGGUGUAGAUGAGACUUUAACUACUACAAUGAGUAGUGUUUCUACGGUGGAGCACUUUAUUAAUAAUACUGCUAAUGUUUUGGAUAGGCUUACUUUCAGCGAAGCAAAAUCGGCUGGUCCGUUUUUAGAUGGAUGCAACAUUUAUCUUGCUGGAUUUGCCGCUAAUCAAAGGGACAAAAUUAAUAAAAUAUUGAAUGUAGGUAGCGCAACACGUCUUGACGAUAUAUCGGACGUCCUAACGCACGUUAUUGUGGGAGACGAAAACAAAGCGAGCAGCGAAUUAAAAUUAAUGAAGUCAAAAGGAUUAUGCCCCUACAUAUUAAAUUUAGAAUGGCUUGAGCAAAGCAUUAAAUUAAAACGACCUGCACCAGAGGAAAACUUUUUAUUUGAAGCACUACAUAGUGUAAUGCAGAAAGCUCCAGAACCUCCGUCUCCAUUAAGUAAAAAGAACUUACAAAUGUUGCAAAAACCAAGGAAGGUUUCCAUACCAGCCUUCGAUAUAGAUAGGAAACUAUCGAUGAUAGAAAAAGAAAAUGAGAAACAGACAUCUGAUAUUCUCGAACAGUAUCUUCAAGAUACAAUUGUUGUGGCAAAUGAAAACACGCUGCAGGAGUUUCUAAAGCCACAGACGCCCAUCACUGAAGAAACUAAUAAUAAAACUUUAGUUGAUAAUAAUAAAAAGGAGGAGAAAAAUGUGAAGGGAUCAUUCGCGCAAAGCAAGUUAGCAGACGAUAGCUCGGUACCUAUCAGUCAGGUGUCCACUUUAAAUGACAAACUAUUUGAAGGUAAUUUAAAACACAUAUUUAACGGAUGUAUAAUAAGUAAUUCAAAUAUAAUAAUGUAUAGAAAUUUUAUAGGACUUACAUUUGUGGUAAUUGGUUUUAAUGACGAAGAUAGUUACGUAGCCGAAACUAUAAUAGCAAUGGGUGGACAAGUAGUUUCAAGUACGUUUUCCGGUAUCCCAGAUUAUGGUGUUGUACCAAAAUGUGGUGCAACUUUGAAACAUACAGUGAAUGAAAUUGUCACUGAUUUAUUCAUCGAAGACUGUGUAAAUCAAGAACAAAUAGUUGAAAUCAUGUACUAUCACAGGCCUUUGUCUAUAAAGAAAUAUUUGAAUCCAUUAUCAGGCUGUGUUAUCACAAUGAGCAUGUACACCGGUGUAGAACGAACGUACCUUGCAACAUUAGCUACGGAAUUGGAUGCCAUGGUUCAGGAUAUAUUCGUCCGUAAGACUAAUAUUGAAAAAAAUACUUAUGGAAGCACGCAUUUAGUUUGUCCAACACCUGAGGGCAAUAAAUAUAAUGCAGCGGUGAAAUGGAAAUUACCAGCUGUAACUGCAGACUGGUUAAAAUCUUGCGCGGCUCAGUCGAAACGCGUUGAUGAAACUCCAUUCCUUGUAGGGGAAACUAUAGCUCCCGAAAGGCCAGAUCAAACGGAGAAUUUAAAUACAAGUUUAUCUAAAACCAAUUUGAGUCAAAUGGGACCUCCAACCGAGCCAGCAAUUAAAAAUAUUAUUACCCCGAAACGUCAUUUAUCUCGUUUAGAGAGUCAAGAGAGCGGUUCCGGCGACACACCGUUAAUAAAUAAAAGACUCAGUCUACUUAUGAAUAAAACUCCUCAGUCGCCGUUUCACGUUUCUACACCAGAAACACCAUAUGGUCAAGUAUUCAAGCCAGAUCCUUCUCCAGAUACUAGAAAAGGUUGGAUCAAAUGGGUUGACAACUUCCCGGAUUUGAGAGUAGAAGAGCCACCUCUGAAGAAAAGAGCACUCAGCACUCCUCUUUCAGAACUGAAGAAACAAUUAUGGCAAAAAUUAAAGAAACAAAGUUGUAAUUUGGAGGAUAGCACAGACGAAACAUUAUCUACUGCUAAUGAUCAAUCAUUAGCAGAAACAAAGGAAACAGUAGAACCAGGAGAAACAGAAAAUGAUAGUUGUAAAGCAACUGAUAUUGCACCUAUUAAUAGGAAAUUGGAAUUUACCGACGAAAAUAGUCCCCUAGAAAAUAAUGCAAUUAAUAUGCAAAUUGCCCAGUUGGAUCAAAUACUACAACGAACAUCGAGCACCCCUGAAAAUAGGUAUUCUCUUUCUGGAGAAAAAGCAAACGCGUACAAUACAGAACCCUCUGAUCCCAUACAGAAAUUUAUUGCAAAAGAUUCUCAACCUGUUGAUGCCAUUGUAUGGGAGGAUCCGAGUCAUGCAAAACGAUUGACAAUGCGCGAAGAGGAGAAUGAAGAUGUUGAUCAGAAUGAUCCCGAUGCAGAUCAGACCGAUGAAGAAUCGGUGGAAGAGGUUGAGCCUCUGAAAAGGCCGAAAUUCAUGCUCUCAGGCAUAAAGGAUAGAACGGCAUAUGAACAAGUAAUAAAAGACCUGGGAGGUGAUGUAUCUUCGGAUCCCACUUUUGAUAUUACAGCGACACAUUUGCUUUGUAUCAGACCAUCAAGAAAUGAAAAGAUGUUGGGUAGUAUAGCAUCUGGGAAGUGGGUUCUUCAUUGUAUGUACCUACGAGAUUCCGAACAGGAAGGGAAGUUUCUAGAUGAAGAAAAGUAUGAAUGGGGCAAUCCAGAAAGUAAAGAUGUUAUACCAGCUCCAAAUGGAGAAAUUGAAGAAACUAUUGCAGCAGCUGCAUACAGGUGGAGACUGAAAUUGCUCAAAGAACCAAACGGGCCCUUUGAUAACAUGGUUGCAUUGCUUCUAGUCGCCGGAGAUAAGUACGACCAAUUCAAAAGAUUAAUCGAAGCUGGAGGGGGCAGAGUUGUUCAAGCAAGACCACCUUAUGACACAAGUCCAACGGGCAAGAAAAUUACUCAUUGCUUCGUAAAUGUCAGACAAGUUAGUCAACCAAUCGAUUGGGCAAUGUUAGCCAGCAAAGGUAUCCUUUGUUUUAUGCCACAAUAUUUGAGCGAUUAUCUUACUGCACGAACGCCAUUGAAUCCUCGAGAGUGUGUAAUACCCGAGUUUAAAAAGUAUUUAACAUUACUGCCAAAAUAAAAUAAUAAUAAGUAACAUUAUUUUAUACUUUGUAUGAUAUUAUUAAAAAUUUAUGUUUGUAUAUACAAAA